AUGGCCUCCUCCAUAACUGUGGACCAAAUCCGAAAGGCUCAGCGGGCAGAGGGCCCGGCCACCAUCCUAGCCAUUGGCACCGCAACACCCCCAAACUGCUUCAUGCAAGCUGAUUAUCCUGACUACUACUUUCGUGUCACCAAGAGUGAACACAUGAUUAAACUCAAACAAAAGUUUCAAAAAAUAUGUGAUAAAUUGACGAUAAAAAAGCGUUACUUUCACUUGACGGAAGAAAUCCUCGAUCAGAAUCCAAAUAUGUGCGAGCACAUGGCGCCGUCUCUGGACGCGCGUCAUGGCAUAUUGGUGGCUGAAGUUCCCAAACUUGGUAAAGAGGCUGCCACCAAGGCGAUCAAAGAGUGGGACCAACCUAAGUCCAAGAUCACCCAUUUCAUCUUCUACACCACAGCUGGCGUCGACAUGCCCGGCGCAGACUACCAAUGCACCAAACUUCUUGGUCUCAAUCCCUCCGUGAAGCGUGUGAUGUUGUACCAUCUGGGUUGUUACGCCCCUGGCACCGUUCUCCGCCUGGCUAAGGACUUUGCGGAGAACAACAAGGGGGCCCGCGUUCUCGUGGUGUGUGUAGAGAUCACGGUUGGUCUCUUCCGCGGGCCCUCGGAAACUGACUUCGACUCCUUGUUGGGGCAAGCUUUGGUCGGGGACGGAGCUUCAUCAGUCAUAGUGGGGGCUGAGCCAGAUGCUUCAGUUGGGGAGCAAUCGAUCUUCGAGUUAGUGUCAGCGAUUCAAACGACACUACCGGACUCGGACGAAACAAUCGUCCAACGGUUGAGGGAAGUUGGUGUGGUAACUCACUUCAAGGACGACGUGCCCCGGUUGAUCUCGACCAACAUUGAGAAGAUCUUGGUCGAGGCCUUCGCACCGAUUGGGAUUAGUGACUGGAACUCCAUAUUCUGGAUAGCAAACCUGGGCGGACCCAUGAUUAUGAACGAGGUGGAGAGCAAGCUGAAACUGAAGAAGGAGAAGAUGAGUGUGUCCCGCCAUGUGCUGAGUGAGUACGGGAGCUUGUUAUCUGCUUCCAACUUCUUCGUAAUGGAUGAGAUGAGGAAGAGGUCGUUCGAAGAGAAGAAGUGUUCCACCGGAGAAGGACUAGAGUGGGGCGUUGUGUUUGGGUUCGGGCCUGGCGUGACGCUGGAGAUGGUGGUCUUGCAUAGCGUUGCCACCAAGUUCUAAUAAUGACCAGGUCUCUCGCUUGUGAUGAA